AUGGUGCGGCGUGUGGCGGUGGUGGGUGCCGGCGUCAGCGGGCUGGCCGCCAUCAAGUGCUGCCUGGAAGAGGGGCUGGGGCCCCCCUGCUUUGAGAGGAGCGAGGACAUCGGGGGGCUCUGGCGCUACGUGGACCAGCCAGAGGAAGGCAGAGCCAGCAUCUACCGCACAGUUUUCACCAACUCCUGCAAAGAGAUGAUGUGUUACUCCGACUUUCCCUUCCCCGAUGACCACCCCAACUACAUGCACAACGCCAAGCUGCAGCAGUACAUCUGCAAGUACGCCGAGCACUUUGACCUCCUCCAGCGCAUACAGUUCAAGACCCUGGUCACCAAGAUUAAAAAACGCCCUGAUUUCUCUGUGACGGGGCAAUGGGAGGUGGUGACCCAGAGAGAUGGGAAGGAAGAGACAGCAGUUUUUGAUGCUGUUAUGAUUUGCUCUGGGCAUCAUGUCUACCCAAACCUCCCCCUGGCUGACUUCCCAGGAAUACAGAAGUUUAAAGGCUGCUACUUCCACAGCCGAGAGUACAAGGAGCCAGAAAAGUUCAGAGGGAAGAAGGUGCUGGUGAUAGGCUUGGGGAACUCCGGCUCUGACAUCGCCGUGGAGCUCAGCACCGUGGCAUCACAGGUCUACCUGAGCUCCCGAAGUGGGUCUUGGGUGAUGAGCCGUGUCUGGGACAACGGCUACCCCUGGGACAUGGUCAUCCUCACUCGUUUCCGGAAUUGGCUGGGGAACAUCCUCCCCAAGGCGCUCAGUGACUGGCUGUUCGUGAGAAACAUGAACCGGUUCUUCAAGCACGAGAACUUUGGCCUCAUGCCACUGAACAGAACUUCCCGCAGGGAGCCGGUGUUCAACGACGACCUCCCGGGCCGCAUCACCUGCGGUGCGGUGGUGAUGAAGCCGAAUGUGAAGGAGUUCAGAGAAACAUCCGUCUUGUUCCAAGAUGGGACUGUGCAGGAUGACGUCGAUGUGGUAGUCUUUGCCACUGGUUACAGUUACUCCCACCCUUUUCUGAAGGAUGAUUCCAUCUUGAUAAGCAGGGACAAUGAGGUCAUCCUCUACAAAUGCAUUGUCCCUCUUCACCUUGAGAAGCCAACCAUGGCAGUCAUUGGGCUGGUCCAGUCCCUUGGACCUGCGAUCCCAACGGUGGACAUCCAGUGCCGCUGGGCAGUCAAGGUGUUUCAGGGACAGUGCACGCUCCCCCCGGUCAGUGAGAUGAUGGAUGACAUUGAUGAGAAGAGGAGGAAGAAGCUCAAGUGGUUUGGGGACAGCACCACGCUGCAGACGGAAUAUAUCACGUAUGUGGAUGAGCUGGCCUCGGACAUCGGCGUGAAGCCCAACGUGCUGAAGCUCCUGCUGACAGAUCCCCGACUGGCCCUGGAGGUCUUCUUCGGCCCCUGCACGCCCUACCAGUACCGCCUGAUGGGCCCGGGGAAGUGGAGCGGUGCUAGGAAGGCCAUCCUCACCCAGUGGGACCGAACGCUGCGGGCCACGCAGACACGAGUCACCCCCGCCGCCCCCAAUACCUUCCCCUGCUUGGCCAUGCUGGGGGUGCUCUUCCUCCUGCUCCUCCUCCUCCUCACCACCCUUUACUGCUAG